CAUCACUCUUUUACUCACAAAAAAAAAACAAGAACUCCAUAACCAAACCAACCAAAAUUUCUCUUUCAACCUCCAUUAACAUCAACAAAAACAAUGUUUGAGACCUUAAAAACUGAAUUCCAAAUCUACGAACAAAUUGGACAAGGAAAAUUCGGUACAAUAUACCGUUGUUUCUCCAAACAAACUUCUCAAUAUUUCGCAUGCAAAACCAUUCAAAAAAACCUUCUUAUUGAUUCCACUGACCGUGAAUGUCUCGAUAAAGAGCCCAAGAUUCUACAACUUGUCAGUGGAAAUUCAAACAUUCUUGAAAUAUAUAAGGUUUAUGAAGAUGAUAAUUAUGUUCAUAUAAUCACUGAGCUCUGUUCUAACGGUGAUCUUUAUGAGAGGAUUUCUAAUGGGCCGUUGGAUGAGAAAUAUGCUGCUUUAAUUUUGACACGAUUGGUUUUAGCAAUUGGACAUUGUCAUAAAUUGGGAGUGGCCCAUCGUGAUAUUAAACCAGAUAACAUCUUGUUUGAUUCCCAGGAUAACUUGAAGCUUGCUGAUUUUGGAUCUGCAGAGUGGUUUAUGGGAUGCGACGGGAAAAUGAUGAAAGGGGUGGUGGGGACACCAUAUUAUGUUGCUCCAGAGGUGUUGUUAGGGAGAGAAUACAAUGAGAAAGUGGAUAUAUGGAGUGCUGGUGUUAUUUUGUACAUUAUGCUUUCUGGAGUUCCUCCUUUUUAUGGUGAUACUCCAACUGAGACAUUUGAAGCUGUUCUUAGGGGAAAUUUGAGAUUUCCCACUAGGAUUUUUAGAUCAGUUUCAACUGAAGCAAAGGAUUUGCUGAGGAAGAUGAUAUGUAAAGAUGUUUCCAGGAGAUUUUCAGCAGAACAAGUUCUGAGGCAUCCAUGGGUCAUUAAUGGUGGAGAGACCAUAUCAAUGGCUGAUCAAACCUGAAGUAACAUUAGUAUUCUAUUCUAAGUAUCCUAAAUACACUACCAGAACAAGUGUGAAAGGUCUUGAUGUACAUAUACACACAAAAGAUCAAGUCGGUAUCCCUUAUUAUACUGCGUAUAUAGGUUAAAUAUUAGUACUUUUUGUACGUAUGUAUUAAAUCUUGAACAUCCUUAGGGAAAUUCCCGGAUUGGUAGCUGGAAUUUAAGGGUCCAAGUGAAAGAAAAGAACAACGAGAAUCCGUCGGAACUUUCAACAAUGGCUUCUCCUCUGCCAUUUGAGGUCUAAAACUUCAGUUUAUUUAGUUCCUGAUUCUGCCUUGUGGAGGAGAAUCAAGCAUGUGAGACUGUAAAUAUAUGAGGAUAAUUAGUUUUGCCUAUAUGCAAAAGAAUAAAAGAUUCAGCUGUAUAUGAAGAGGGAAGAACUUGUGCUUAUUUUUAGAGUUUUGUUUAAAAAAGCACAUAUAUGUAUAAAGUUUGCUGCU